UGUUUCCAUUUCUCUCUCUGCACAUCACCCAUCACCUCCAGGGAAGCUCAUUGCUGGGACCCUGGGACUCAUCUGCCUCAUCUUGAUGGCCGGUGUAAUAACCAUGACAGUCACAGUUAUCACUCCUUCUAUUGGAAUGAUGGAUGAGAACAGAACUCAGAAAGCUAAUCAUUGUCACCGUUGUCCAAAGGACUGGUUCUCCUAUUCCAACCAUUGCUAUUAUAUUAGCAGUGAUAUAAAAAACUGGACUGAGAGUCAGAUGGCCUGUGUUUCUAAGAAAUCUGAUCUGUUUUAUAUGGAUAAUGAAGAAGAAAUGAUGUUUAUGGAGAUUCUAUCAUCUUUUUCAUGGAUUGGACUCUCUCGUGAAAGCAGUGAUUAUUCCUGGUUAUGGAUAAAUGGCUCACCUUCCAACCAAACGAUAAUAGAGCCAUCAAAUCCUAUACACAACUGUGUAAUGCUAUUUGAAUUUAGCCUUCAAUCAGCCAGUUGUGGAGAUGAAAAAAUAUACAUUUUUUCCACAAUGAAAACUCUACUGGGGAUUGAGACUUCUUGA